AUGUCUUUAAAAUAUGCAAUUGAUUGUGAAAUGGUUGAAAGCAAUAGAAAAAGCAUGCUGGCGCGUGUUUCAAUCGUCAACCAGAAUGGUUCGGUAGUUCUGGACGAAUAUGUAAAACCAACCGGUCCCAUCACUGAUUAUAGAGAGUUUGUAAGUGGAAUAAAAAAACGACAUCUAGAUAAUGGAAGUGAUUUUAAUACAGUUCAAGAUCGAGUUAUAUCUAUAUUAAAUGGAUGCAUUUUGAUUGGCCACUCUUUAAAGUAUGAUUUGGAAGCCCUGCAUCUGACUUACACUGAAAGAAACCAGCGUGACUUGGCGACUUACGAGCCUUUUACUAGACCAAAUAAUGGUCAGCCUGUUGCGCUGAAAACACUUGCUAUGAAAUAUCUGGGAAGAAUUAUCCAAGACGGAGAGCACGAUUCUGUCCAAGACGCAAGGGCCUGCAUGGAUAUAUAUAAAAUAGUUGCUAUCGAUUGGGAAAGAAAUUAUCGU